AAAAGUGUCUUAAACUGAAAAUGCAGAAGAAAAUACCCAUAGUUUGGCAAUGGCUUUUAAUAUGAUUGCCCUUGGUUUAGCAAUAGCAAUUGCUACUAGAUGGUGUGUUGAAGUAGAUGCAAAACAAUUGGCACCAGCAGUUAUUGUGUUUGGAGAUUCAACAGUAGAUCCAGGCAAUAACAAUCAUAUUUCAACACUUAUUAGGAGCAAUUUCCCUCCCUAUGGAAAAGAUUUCCCUGGCCAUAAUCCCACUGGUCGCUUCUGCAAUGGAAGGCUUCCAACAGACUUCCUAGCGGAAGGAUUGGGUAUAAAAGAGGCUGUGCCACCAUAUCUGGACCCUAGGCUUAAGGACCAAGACCUGCUUACUGGAGUCAGUUUUGCAUCUGCUGGCACUGGAUAUGAUAAUGCAACUUCGCGGGUAGUUUCUGUAAUACCGAUGUGGAAGGAAGUUGAGUACUUCAAGGAGUACAAAAUAAAGUUGGAGAGGAUAGCAGGAAUUGAAGAGGCCAACAACAUUCUGAAUAAAGCAAUAUUCGUGGUGAGCGCAGGCAGCAACGAUUUUAUUGAGAACUAUUACGUCAAUCCAUUCACCAGAUCGAAGUACACUGUUUCCAAAUUCCAAGACCAUAUCAUAGAAAUCAGUUCCAACAUACUCCAGGAGAUAUACAGUUAUGGAGCGCGCAAAAUAGCCGUGGCUGGGCUUCCUGCGUUGGGCUGUCUGCCAUUAGAAAGAGCAGUCAAAGUUUUCAGGACGAAAGGAGGAUGCGUGAAGGAUCUCAAUCAAGAUGCAAUAGACUACAAUAUGAAACUGCAGGCGAUGAUUGAUUCCCUCAAAUCCAGUCUUCCAGACCUUCGAAUUGUUUAUGCGGACGUGUACAGCAUGUUGGUUGACAUGGAGCUCAAUCCUGCUAAAUACAAUAUAAGUUAUACAAGUCUAGCAUGCUGCGGAACUGGGUCAGUGGAAUUUGGAUAUGCAUGCAACAAGCGGACACCAUUCACAUGCUCUGAUGCAUCCAAAUAUAUAUUUUGGGAUUCAGUUCAUCCAACAGAGAAAACCUAUAAAUAUGUUGCCCAAGAUUUACUGCGAAAUAGUAUUCCCGAGCUACUAGACCCCUAACAUUACUCUCACUAUCCUAUUUUUAUCAAGCAUUUUAAAAAUUAUAAUAACUUGUCUAGCUCAAUUAUUGGAGGAUUUGGAAAUCUUUCAACCCUAAGAAUGAAGGCAUCUACAAUCAGGAUUUUUAAAUCUCUCCAGAUGUUAUCUGACAUUUUGAGAAUAUUAUAU